GGGCCAACACCUCGGUGAGUGUUUUUAUUGUUUUUUUUUUAUUUGGGUUGGACACAACUGGGCUAUUAACUGGUACUCGCCGGUUUCUGUUAUAGCCGGGGGUUGACCUCCGAGUUUGGAUUUUUGACUGCCUGGCCCUUGGGGUUUGGUUAGAUGAGACUGGUUUUCGCCUAUCUUUAAAACCACUUGAAAAGUAUUGAAAAGGAAAUUUAGAAAAAUAUUUUGACGAAAUGUAUUUUGGGAUUAAAUGUCCGAAAAUCUCCAAAAAAUUCCAUUUUUAUAGUUAGGGGUGUUUCUAGAGUUUUAUUUGAUUAAUUUUCGACUAAAAGAUUCAAACCCGAAUCAUAUUCCUCUUUCGUCGCUUCAAAACAACCAACUAAACCACAAAAGUACCGUACUUAAAUUAGAGUAACACUGCCAAUUUUAAGUUACUGUGCUGAACCGGUCGGGUUUACUCGAUGGUUUUUUAUCCGCGUCAUGGCCAUCGUGGUAUUGGUAUCAAAGAUUUGAUGCUUAUUUUUGGUGGAGGCAAUGAAGGAAUAGUUGAUGAAUUACACGUUUAUAAUGCUACCAAAAAUAAAUGGUUUGUGCCUGUUGUUAGAGGGGAUAUUCCUCGUGGAUUUGCUGCUUAUGGUAUGGUCACUGAUCAACUGAAAGUUUUUAUUUUUGGUGGAAUGGUUGAAUAUGGAAGGUACUCAAACGAUGUUUAUGAAUUACAAACCAGUCGAUGGGAGUGGCGUCAAAUUCGUGUCCGUCCUCCACAAACUGGUCAAAAUGGGCCCUGUCCACGUUUAGGACAUUCAUUUACGCUUGGAAGCAGUCACUAUGCUUUUGUUUUUGGAGGAUUGGCAAAUGAUAGUGAAGAUCCGAAAAUUAACAUUCCUCGUUACCUCAAUGAUUUGUAUGCUAUCGAUCUCAGUCAGUCGCCUACUAUGUGGUGGGAAGUUCCGAUGACGGUUGGAAUGCCUCCUUCACCUCGAGAAUCACACACAGCCGUUCACUUUCUAACCCAAACAGGAAAAGAACAAUUAAUUAUUUAUGGAGGAAUGGAUGGAAAUCGAAUGGGGGAUGUUUGGAUUUUGGAUUUAAAAACUUGGAUUUGGACAAAUCCUGUACCUAAUGGAAUUAUGCCUUUACCUCGUUCUUUACAUACUGCUAAUGUUAUUGGAUGUAGAAUGGUUGUUUUUGGUGGAUGGGUUCCUCUUCAGCCAGCAGACAAAGCAGAAACUCCCGAUAAAGAAUGGAAAUGUACAAAUUCUUUGGCUGUUUUAAAUUUAAAUGCGCUGAGUUGGGAACAACAUUCGUUGGAUGAUUUUUCAACAACAACUUCAACAAAUAAUGAUGAUUUGAUCAAACCUUGUAGUCGGGCAGGGCAUAGUGCGGUUGUUAUUAAUCGAAGGCUUUAUAUUUGGUCUGGUCGUGAUGGUUAUAAAAAAGCUUGGAAUAGUCAAGUUUGCUGCAAUGAUUUGUGGUAUUUGGAAGCAGAACCUCCAGCAGCCCCAACAGCCAUUUCUUUAAUUCGAGCAAGUAUCAACACAUUAGAAAUUCAAUGGACACCAGUUCCAAAUGCUGAUCAUUAUUUGCUUCAAAUACUUAAAUUGGAAUCUCAAGAGGCUGCUGAUCAAAAACUUCAAAGUGGUAAACGUGUGAUCCGUACAAUUCCGGCUUCUGGAGGAUCUAUUCGAAUGGUUAGGCCUUCUACUUAUCGCCAACAACAACAACGUUCUAUUAUGAUACAGCGUGGAGAUAUUCGAAUUCGGAUUUUUGGGGAUUCCUUUGCAUUAACCAGCCUUAAUCCUCAAGUCAGAUCUCUUUUUUAUUCCAAUUUUAUUAAAGGCGCCUUUUACUGUUUUUUUUGGUCUUAUUUAAAUUCUAAUCCGAUGUUUUUAAAUGUUGUUUUUUCAUUUUUAGGUUUUACUCAACAACAACAACAACAACAACAACAGCAACAAUCACCUGUUCAGUCACGUCCUAUUUUAGUUCAAAAAGGGCCUCUAGGUGCUAAUGCACAGCCACCAAUAUUUCAAUAUGGACAUUCUAUGCAGCCACAGCGGAACAAAUUUGGUAUUCUUCAACAACAAGCAUCCCCUUAUAAUCCACAAACAACAGCAAUAACUCCAACAAGAACUACAUAUACUGCGCAAGUUGCUUCGGCAAUAGAUUCAACUAUGCCAACAAAUAUACUUGAUGAAGCAUUAAAUGAAGCUGAAAGUUUUGUUGAUGAACAAUUACAAAAACAACAAGAGGGAGAACAAGGUAAAGAAUUUGAUGAAGAAGAGGAAGAGAAGAAGAAAAAUGGAAUUGAUGAGGGAAGGAAAGAUUUGAAAGAAAAAAUUGAAAAAUCUUUGGAGGAAAUGGAAGAAGAUAAAGAUAAAACUGGUGGUAGUUCUAUACUUGAAGUUGAACAGAUGCGUGCUGCAAAGGAUGAUGAUGUUAAAGAUGAUGUGAAAAAUAAAGAAGAAAUUGCUGGUGAAUUGAGUGAAGGAGGAGGAUAUUUUCAACCUCUUGAAGAUGAUACGGCCAAUACUUCUUUAGAUGAAAAUAAUCGGGAAGAUGGACAGAAUCAAGAACAACAAAAUCAACAAAAUGAGCAGCUUCAAUCAAGUAAUGUAGAAAAUGCUGCAACAACCGCAGAAUUAACAACAAAUGCUGAAACGACAACUACUAGUACAGCUACUCUUCCUAGUACUGUUGCAACUUUGGAUGAUCAAAUACAAUCUAAUGAUAAUAAGGCUGUGGAGGAACAAGAAAAAGAAGUUCAAAAUGGAUCUUCUUCACAAAUUGCAUUGAAUCAGCAGCAACAACAAUCUACUACUGUUGGACCUCGUCAAUUUAAUUUUUCUUCGACACAGCAACAUCAGUCUUUGGACAAUUGGUGUGAUGUUGCUACACUAAACGAAAGUAAAUGUUUAGUUACACAAUAUUUGGCACCAAUGGAUGCAAAUGAACAGCAACAAUUUACACAGGAUCAAGGAAUUUCUCCAUCAACACAAGAUUAUCGAAAAGUUGUUGGAUUAGAACCUGGAUUUGUUUAUAGGUUUCGUGUUUGUGCAUUCAAUGCUGUUGGACAAAGCAAAUGGUCACCUGCUAAUAGUUUUCGUACUUGUAUUCCUGGAUUUCCUGGUGCACCUUCUUCAAUAAAAAUAACAAAAGGAACUGAUGGAGCAAUUAUAUCUUGGGAACCGCCACAGACUACAAAUGGCGAUAUUGUUGAAUAUUCUGUCUAUUUAGCGAUGCGUUCUGCUUCAUAUGGACAGCCUGCAUUUGUGCCUGUUUAUAUUGGGCCUGCUCCGAAUUGCAUGGUCAAUCAUCAAAAUCUUCAAUUGGCACAUAUUGAUACUAGCCUAAAACCAGCAAUAAUAUUUCGGAUUGCUGCAAGGAAUGAUAAGGGUUAUGGACCAGCAACACAAGUUCGUUGGUUACAAGAUCAACGACCUAUGGCUGUUAUGCCUCCUUUAAUUCCAAAUCAAUCUGCUACAGUUGUUUCUGGUAUAUCUCCAGGAACUGCUCCAAUUCUUGGAAGUACCCCAAGUAAUGUUAUUAGAAAAUCUGUUGGUGGUGGUGGUGGUACUUAUACUUAUCAACAACAACAGCCCCAAAAACAACAACAAAUUGGUGCUCCUAUAAUAACUGGAGGAGGUGGUGGGGGAGAAAGAGGAGGAGGAGCAAUUUAUUAUCCUUCAACAGCCCCAGUUACACGUAGAGUGCUUACAACUUCAAGUGUUCGACAACGUUCUUCUCCAGCUAUGAUGCAUCAAUAUUCGACGUCUACUGGAAAUGUUGCUAUGGUUCAACCUCAGUUACAUUUAUCUCCUUCCGCAAGACCAUCAACUAGCAGUUAUGAUUUGUCUUCUACAAAUACUACAAGUUCUCCACAUCAACUGCAACAACGACGUAUUAUACCAUUAAUGUCAUCAUCUUCCUCCUCUGCAGAGCAUCCACAAAAAAUUCGUUUGCAACAUAUGGAAGGAUCAUCAACAUCAAUUGCAACAACAACAAGUAGUAAUAGUAGUCAAUAUCAAGAGGAGACAUUUUCUGGUGGACAUGGAGGGGGAGGAGGAGGACCCCGAAAAAUUAUGGUUCAACAACCUUCUUUAACUUCUUCUGGUGGUGGAAGAGGAGGAGAAGGACCUUUAAAUCCUGGAUUAACUGUACGCGAAUAUUUGACAUCAGGUACUACUCCAAAUAAAAGAAUUCGUUUGGAGCAGUGA